AUGCCCUCACUCUCACACGACUUUCUCUCUCCUCUUUCUCUCUCUCUAUCACGGUUUACAGGCUAUUCCGACGAUUCCGACGACGUUGACGGUCAUGGUUGGUACCAAAAGAAGUGUAGGAGUGAGGCGAGUAUAACUCAAGUUGAAUCACAUCGAACGGAGCUCCGGUUUGGGAGAACCCUAGGAUUGAAGUUCCAGCCACCGUUUAUAUAUAUUGGAUUAAGGCUUGGUUCGGGGGAUAGGGUCCCCUAUCGGUCACGUUCUUGUAGGUAUAGGUACAAUUCGGUAUACCUUAGGAGAGAGGGACGUGACAUGGAGCAGUUGCGUAAGACAAAUCCCCCGGAGUUUUCUAGAGAGGGGGAGGGUUUUGAGGCUGGGGAGUGGUUGCACCAGAUGAGCAGGAGAUUGGAUACCUUGGCCAUACCGGACAGUAGGAGGAUGAUGUUGAUCUCAUAUUAUUUGAGGGGGACAACUUUCGAGUGGUGGGAUUCCCAAAGGAAGAAUGAUUUGACUUGGAUGUCCUUUGAGUUACUAUUCAUGCAACGAUUCGUGCCACGGUCUUUCCAGGUGGAUAACGCCAUGCAGUAUCUUGAUUUGGUGCAGACACCCGAGAUGACAAUGUCACAGUAUACCAAGAAGUAUGAGGAGUUGUACAAGUAUGGGAAGAAGUAUGCUCCAGAUGAUGAAAGUAAAGCUGAGAAAUACCGAGACAGUCUACUUCUGAGCAUCUGUAGGAUGGUGAUUGCUUCUAGGGUGAGGACUUAUGAUGAGAUGGUGGAUAUGACACUAGAGUUGGAGCGAGGAGAGCGCAACUCCCGCCAGUAUUGGGAUGUGCAGAAAGGUCGUAAAGCUUCAACAAUUAGUGGCAGUGGAGGAGGUAGCCAGAAGAAACCGAGGACUGAGUUUCAGGGCUUGAGAGGCCAGAAGGUUGAUCAAGGCAAAGGUUCGGGGCCAAAGGAUGGCAAGAUUGUGUGCUUCAAGUGCAGCCGGGAAGGCCAUAAAAAGAAUCAGUGCACUAUCUUGGGAGUCAAGUGUUAUGGGUGUGGUAUGAUCGGUCAUAAGAAGCAUGAGUGUCCACGGGGUGGCAGAGCUUCAGAGCAGUCACAGGCUCCGGGACACCAGGAGGCACCUGAGCAUCCUAACUUCAUUGGAGGUACCUUUCUCAUUUUAAAUUGCUGGGCAAAGCUGUUAUUUGAUUCAGAAGCUACGACAUCAUUCAUUUCUGCAUCCCUUGCACGCGCAUUGAGUUUGAAAAUCUCUCCAAUGAGGCUAAUGUUUACGGUAGACAUCCCUUUUGGACAUUUCACUUCAUUGGAGGGUGUAGUUCUUGAUUAUCGGUUAACAAAGUAUCAUGUGUUGAUGGACUUUUGGGAUAGAAAGGUCACUCUUAAACUACCUGAAGGUGGGGAGAUACAGAUCACGAGUUUGAUGACAUCGGCACCUAGGGGUGAUGUAGCUACUCUGACACGUGUGGUAGAAGAAAACAUGGAUGUAUUUCCAGAUGAGUUACCUGGAUUACCACCGAAGGGGGAGAUUGACUUUACCAUUGAGUUGCAUCCGAAUGUUAAGCCGAUUUCAAUUCCACCAUAUCGAAUGGCUCCGGCAUAA